CCGUGGAUACCCAAAACCCGAACAGGUAUGUGCAUGGUUUUGAUUUUCUACCCGUUUCUUAUGUGGGUAUGGAUAUGGGUAAAACCCGAACUAGUUUGGGUAGGGUAACGGAUAUGCACUAUCCGCCCCCGACCCGACCCAUUUUCAUCCCUACCCCCACGACAGUUAGUUAUUAAUUCAUUCAUUACCACCGGCUGGCCAACAUAAUUGUAGGGAUGUCAGUCGGUCGGUUUCAGUUUAACUAAAAACCGAUUUCUCGGUUAUCGAUUAAGCCGAGCAACCACCUCCUAUUGCCGACCACCGACCGUGAGAGACACCACGGCUAGCCGACCACCGACUGGUCGGUUAUCAAUUUUGGUUCGAUUAGCCGCAUACCCAUAGCAUUCCCUUCUCUAAAAAAAUCAUUAAAAAAAAAAACGGAAAUUCCCUACCACUAAAUCCUUAUAUUCUUCCUCCUUCUCUCUCCUUCCUUCCUCCAAAAAGACCCACCAGAGACCAGACCACUUCUUCCUUCUCUCUCCUUUCUCCAUUUCAAUCCCACCACACCCGACCACUCCUUCCUUCUCUCUCCUUCCUUCAUUUCAUGUUUAGACACGACGGCGGCCGGUCGCGGAGGAGAAGCAGAGGCACAACAAUGGCCACGGAGGAGAGCGAAGGGAGAUAUCCCCAACACAGGAAAGGCGAAAAUGGGGAGGAAAGGGAUGGCGAUGGGAGACGCGCGGAGGCCUGGGGUCGUCGGGGAUGCGAGAUGGCAAUGUCGGAGUGGAAUCAGCGAGGAGAAAUGCCGCUAUCUCUGGCUCUGGCUCACGGUGCCUGGUCGUUGGGGAGGGCGGGGAGGGUGGCUGGGGUUUGGAUGGCGGAGGGCGAAGGUAAUGCAGAGAAUCGAAGGGUUUGGAUGGCUGGCUGCCGGCUGGGCUGCGCUUUUGAGGAGUACGAAGAAGAAAGAAUUAGGGUUGGGUUUGGCCGAAGGAAGGGGUCGUUUUCAGUGAUGGUGAACGACAACGUUUAAUUCAAAGGAUGGCUGGUCGAUUAUGCUCGGUUAGUCGGGUAACCGCGGUUAAUCAUCCUCGGUUACUCGACUAGCCGAUAACCACCUUUAUUCCACCGAACACCGACCGAGGUAAAUAAUCGUCGGUUUUCGGUUAGCUACUAACCGGCAGUUAUCGGUUGAACUAGCCGGUUAGCCGCUAACUAGAAACCGAACUGCCACCCCUACAUAAUUGGCAGUUGUACUUUACACCGGCCGGUAUUUGGGAUGUCAUAAACUAAUUGGUUCCAA